UGGAGUUUGGCAAAUACAAACUUAUGACAGAUGAUCACCUAAAGUUAAUAAAAUUUAUAUCAUCUGAUAUUUUUCAAUCGACACCAAUGAAAAUCCUUUUAGGUUCCAUCUUUGCAAUUCAUGUAAUUGUAGAUUUGAUAACUGUUUACUACAUGUUAAGCACAUUUGACGCAAAAUUAUUUAUUAAUUAUUCGUCUGUAUUUCUUGGAGAUUUCUAUCCACUUCUCGCCAUCUUCGUAUUACUCUAUAAAAGCAAAGUAAUACAUAAUUUAAAAAACGAACUUGAACUUUGGUCCACAGACAGCACAAGCAAAAAAUUACAAUCCAAAAUUAACUUAAACAUUAAAUUUUUAAAAAUGUUCGUUAUUUUUAAUUCUCUACUUUUUAUCGUAGUGGGUGUGACCUUCGUACAACCCUUAUCCAAAGAUUACGACGUUUUUUUCGCUUAUCGUCUUAUCCACGAAUAUUUUCCAAAUUACGGCCACAUCUUCGAAUUUCUUUAUAGAACCACGUAUUUGCUCACUAGUUACAUUGCAACAGUGCUACCCUUCCAAAUUUUUUAUUAUUGUCAACACACAAACUUUCAAUUGCAAAUGUCAAUAGAACAAUUGAAAAAUUUAACCAAAUGGAGUGAAGACGACGAGAAUCUAGUUGACAACACCAAAUACCAAACGGAAAUAAAUCGAAGACUCAAAAUUUGUAUUCAAAGGAGUCAAAAUUUUAUACGUCUACAUUCUGAAAAAAUCAAAGAAAUCAGCAAAUUUAUAGCCGGAUUUGCRCUCUGUGCCUGUCUUUUGGGUAUAGGUGUCAUCUUUUACUUGAUUUCCGGAAAUUUCACGCCUGAGUAUUAUUUGCGUAUGGGUGCAACUUCCGUUGCCGGAAUCACAACAUUUGCAGCUACAAUGUGGGCUGGCCAGUCCACUGAAUCAGCCAUUGAUGACAUGGUGACGUCUCUCAACGAAGUGGAAUGGUACAAUUUUAAUCAAUCAAAUAAAAAAUUGUAUCUCAUUUUUUUGACAAACAGCAUGAAGACACGUACCAUAAAAUUCACGGAAAAUUAUUCCUUCAACUAUCAAUUAGGAUUAGGGAUUGUGAAGGGAAUUUAUUCAGUCAUUUCGAUUUUAUUAUAAAUUUGUAAAUACAUAUUUCUAUUCACAAAUUUACUGUUACAUAUUAAUUAUUUUUCCGAA